AGUAUUUGAUUGACUUUGGUUUUACUUUAAUAAUAUUCUGAGAUAAUUAUACAGUUGUUUUAUUCAAAGUUUGGAAGUUUUUUUCGCGAUUAUAAUACGUAAAUAUUCAAAAUGUUAAUAACUAUUAAAAAUCUUUAUCAACAGACUUUCACUAUAGUAUUCCAAGCAGAAAAGACGGUUUUAGAACUCAAACAAGCAAUUUUCAAAGAACGUGGAUCAGAAUAUGUCGUUGAUAAGCAAAAACUUAUAUAUGCUGGAAUAAUAUUAGCUGAUGAUCGAACUUUACAGUCAUAUAAUUUCGAUGAAAAAAAAUUUUUAGUUGUUAUGUUAAAACGUGACAUAAAUGAAUCAAUACCAAAAAAUAAUGUAGCUGAAGAAAAGUUAAAUAAAAGUGACGAUAAAGAAAAACCUAUGGAAAUAAAUGAGGGCACAGAAUCAGUAACAAAUACCACAAACUCUGAGAAUUUGAAUAGGAAUUCAGAUGUAACCAGUGCAACGGAAUCCACACGUCAAGUCUUGACCAACCCGAAUACGGAUAGAGAAACUAGCGCAAAUACAAACUCAAGUCAAAGAGAUACAAAUGUGCUUGAGACUAAUAGAGAUUCCCAUAUGCCUUUAGGAGAAGAUUAUGAAAGGACUGUGCUUUCAUUGAUUGAGAUGGGAUAUAACCGCGAAUUGGUAGAGAGAGCAAUGGCAGCCAGUUUUAACAACCCUGAACGUGCGGUGGAAUAUCUUUUAAAUGGAAUACCAGAAAUUAAUGAAAGUUUUAGAAACACGACUACAGAAAGUUCGACUAGGGCUGUUGCAAGUAGUUUGGUUCCAGAAACACAGGCAGCUACUCAAUUUUCAUCUAAUACUGCACAACGUCAAGAUCCUUUCGAGUUUUUACGAAAUCAACCUCAAUUUUUACAAAUGCGCUCUUUGGUGUACCAAAACCCGGAUUUAUUACAUGCAGUUUUACAACAGAUUGGUGAAACUAACCCUGCUCUUCUGCAACUUAUAUCAGAAAAUCAGGAUGAGUUUCUUAAUAUGCUAAACCAACCAGUAGAGGAUGAAAUAACCGACAACAAUGCUUUAUUAUCUUCAACACGUAGUCAAAUUACUGCUACUUCAAGAUCUGCAUCAAACAACGAAACAUCAAAUGUUAUUUCAUCACAAAAUUCAACACCUUUAUCUGUUACAAAUGAAAACGUUGCAGAAGUUAGUAAUGAAAAUCCUUUGUCUAAUACUGGUAACAACCCAAACGUACCUCAGUCGUUAAAUAAUACCACCACAGAGUCUUCUCGUGGUAAUACUACUGAAAGUGUUACCACAAUUCGUUUAACACAGCAGGAUCAAAUUGCUGUAGAACGUUUAAAGUCCCUUGGAUUCCCAGAGGCUUUAGUACUUCAAGCUUAUUUCGCCUGCGAAAGGGAUGCGCAAUUAGCUGCAAAUUUUUUGUUUUCUUACUCAUUUGAUGACUAAAAAGCAUAAUCGUUAUCUUUUUAUAAAAUUUUUCAUAUUAAUUUAAAUGCGGUUGAAAUGUAGAAAACAAAAUAAUA